GGCCGCUCCCGUCGCCGUGGAAACGAAGGCAGCCAAGCGGCGCGGCGGCUUCCGCUCCUCCGCGCCGGGGAGGGCUCCGGCCGACCGCGAUGCUGAAGGCCAAGAUCCUGUUCGUGGGGCCCUGCGAGAGUGGAAAAACCGUUUUGGCCAACUUCCUGACAGAAUCUUCUGACAUCACCGAAUACAAUCCGACCCAGGGAGUAAGGAUCCUGGAAUUUGAGAACCCGCACGUCACCAGCGACGACAAAGGCACGGCGUGUGAAUUUGAGCUGUGGGAUUGUGGCGGUGACCCCAAUCCCACAGGUAGAAACCAGAAGCACCUAACAUCCGCUCUGAAUCCAGUGCUGCCUUGCAGGUUCGAGUCUUGCUGGCCAGCCCUGAUGAAGGAUUCCCACGGGGUGGUGAUCGUCUUCAAUGCCGACACCCCAAGCCACCUGAAGGAAAUCGACAUGUGGUAUUCCUGCUUCGUCCAGCAGCAGCUCCUACAGGACACUCAGUGUCUGUUGAUCGCACACCACAAACCAGGCUCCGGAAGUGAUAAAGGAAACCUGUCUUUGUCACCCCCCUUGAACAAGCUGAAGCUGGUGCACUCGAACCUGGAGGAUGACCCUGAAGAGAUCAGGGUGGAGUUCAUAAAGUAUUUAAAGAGCAUAGUCAAUUCAGUGUCUGAAAGCAGAGACCGGGAGGAGAUGUCGAUUAUCACGUGACCAGCCUUCAUCCGCACUCUUCCACGUUGCAGAUGGGGUCAGCUCAUUUCCCAGUGCACAUCUAGAAUCUCGUCCAGCUAUUGAUGUGUCCUCCCCGUGGCCGUAGAAGAGCUUUUCCUUGUCUGCUCUAAGGUACCAGUCUACCAGGGAGUUGACUCCUACCGUUCGUUCUCUAUCCUUCGUUCAGUUGAGAAAAUCCUAUUGCCGAAUGCUGAUUCCUUUGCCCCAGAUCUCUCCAAGAGCUGGAAAGCUGAGGUGUUUUUCUUUCCUCUUCCUAGACGUCAAGAGGAAUUAUAACUGUCCGAGCCAAACGAUACAA